CAUUAAUUCAUUAAAAGAUGAAGGCUCCAGUGGACUCUACUCAGGAUUCCGUCCAAGCCGGGCCCUCCCACCAGAUGCGCCGGGCGGAUCGCAGCAGCAUGGCCACCGGUCGUUCGCCAGCGCUGGAGCGCAUCUGCAAGGAGCUGGAAGACAUCCGCCGCGACCCCCCGGCCAACUGCACGGCGGGUCCGGUAGACCCCACGGACCUGUUCAAGUGGCAGGCCACCAUCCAGGGGCCCGCGGGAAGUCCGUUCGAAGGGGGCACCUUCAAGCUGUGCAUCAUCUUCCCCGCCGAUUACCCAUUUCGGCCGCCUCAGGUGAAAUUCCUGACCAAGAUCUAUCACCCUAACAUCGGCUGGAACGGCAACAUUUGCCUGAAUGUGCUCGCGUCGCAGUGGACGCCGGCUUUGUCCAUCGCGAAGGUUCUCAUCUCCAUUUGCUGGCUGAUGCGCAACCCGAAUGCCAGUGACCCGCUCGUAAACAGCGUGGCUACUCUCUACCGAAACAAUCGCGUCCAAUACGACAUCACGGCGCGCGAGUGGACCGAGAUGCACGCCUCGAAGAAAUGACGGACAUCUGCCCCCUUCCAUGGCCUUGUCCUCUGAGCCAUGCCCCGGUGUCGCAUGGAGCCUUUUAAACACCCCCUUUUCCUUUCUCCUCACAGCCAGACACUUCAGCAUAAACAAACUUUCAGCUGUCA